GUCGUCGGAGAUCGUUACCGUGCCCGCGCGCGCGCUCUUCGGCGCAGUGGAGUUCUCGUCUUCGGCCAAGCUCGCUGCUGCCGCCGCCUGCUCGUCCUCGCGGUGCUUCGAACCGCGGUUCCUACUUGUCAACUGUGAACCUCUCUUCUUCUCCCCCACCGAGUUCCCUUCGUCGCUGCUCGUUGUUUCUAGCGGACCCGUUCUUCUCCCUUAAUUUUUUAAAGUUACUUUUGCUUCCGCCUUCUGAGGUCAGUGCCGGGAGCAGCAUCCGCCAGCAUCGUUGCUUGAAUUUCGCCUGCCGUCGCCGUGUGUGCCUGCGGGUUUCGUUUGACAGCGGCGGUGUCGCCGUAGUGCGUGCGUGUGUUCGUUGCAUUCCAUUUUGUUUAUCCUAUUUUUUUUCCCCGUUAGAAGUUCUCUCUCGCUUUUCUUUCCGAACUUUUCUAUUGUGCGAAUUGGCAACUUCGCCGAAGAUGUCGACGAAAGUUCGCCGCUCGGAUAACGAACGCGGCACUUGGGUUUGAAAUGCCGUUGUCCGACGACGACCGAGUGUUGCGACGUCUACCUGUGGUGUAUCGCAGAGAUUGGAUUACGUGCCCCGUUCCUCGACGGACACGCAGCUGGGCGCGGUGGUGAGCUGCGGCUGCUGCUCGCUAAACACGUGCCCACCUGCCCGUGGAUGACUGCCCCAGCACGGCGCCCGCCUUCCUCGGUGGCUGGCGAAGGACAAUGUCCAGGAGGGCACUGGGCAGCUCCAGCGGCACCUACCACGUCCAAGCCUCCGAGUCAGCCCGCGACGCCAAGAACGUCAAGACCCUCCGCUGCAUCGUCUUCUUUCUGGACGACAGCCAGCACACCUUUGAUGUUGAAAAACGAUCCAAGGGCCAAGUUUUAUUUGACCUCGUCUUCCGGCACUCUGAGCUGGUGGAAAAGGAUUACUUUGGGCUGCAGUUUUCUGAAAAGGCAUCAGCCAUUGAUGGCAUGAGGUGGCUAGAUCCUGUAAAAAGCAUCAAAAAACAGAUGAAAGUUGGACCUCCGUACCUGCUUUACUUUCGCGUAAAGUUCUACGUUUCCGACCCGAGCAAACUACAGGAGGAGUGGACGAGGUACUACUUUUUUCUUCAACUCAAGAAGGACAUCCUAGAAGGGAGGUUGGUUAUUCCACCGGCCACGGCAGCUCUCCUCGCCAGCUACGCUGUUCAGUCUGAACUGGGAGACUACAAUCCUGAUGACCACAAGCAUGGCUAUCUGGCUGACAUGAGAUUAGUGCCUCAUCAAACAGAAGAGCUCGAGGAAAAGAUCGCUGAGCUCCACAAGCUGCACAAAGGCCAGAAUUCGGCAGAUGCGGAAUUCAACUUCCUAGAGCACGCUAAGAGGUUGGACAUGUACGGUGUGGAUUUGCACAAGGCAAGGGUAAGGGACUCUACACAAGCUGAGAUUCAGCUUGGCGUGACGUCCUAUGGUCUCGUAGUAUUUCAGAACAAUAUACGCAUCAACACCUUCUCCUGGGCAAAGAUAGUGAAGAUCUCAUUCAAGAGAAAGCAGUUCUUUAUUCAAUUGAGAAGAGAAGGGACUGAAAGCUACGACAAUCUCCUCGGGUUCAACAUGCUGAGCUACAGGUCAUGCAAGAACCUCUGGAAGUCAUGUGUGGAGCACCACACCUUCUUUCGCCUGAACCUGCCCCGUCCAACCACCAAGCGGUUUCUGUUCAGCCUCGGUUCCAAAUUCAGAUACAGUGGCCGAACAGAAUACCAGACACUUGAAGACAUGAAGAAGAGGGGCCUAGAUGACCGACCUUUUCUCAGGUCCCCGAGCAAGCGUUGCAUCCGACAGACAGUGCCGACGCCCACGGAUGCCCGCGACAAGCCGUCCAAGACCCUGGCCCGAAUGAACGGGACGUCCAGCGCACAUGUGCGCCCCUAUGACAGCUUCAGCCACAAAGUACAAAUCUCCGGGCCCGAGUACCUGCCGCGCAAGGCGUGGGUCGACGGUGCCCUGGAUGCCCAAGCAUUUACACCUGCCAUUCCUCCCAAGAUGAUCCGAUACGCCGAUGACGACUCCCUCCCUGAGCUGAUAAUGGCGAACGGCUCGGCUGGCGCAGACGACGUCGGACCGCCACCGGUGCGCGUGUGCAUGCGACCUGACGCCGAGGGCCGGUUCGGCUUCAACGUGAAAGGUGGUGCCGACCAGAACUUGCCCAUCCUGGUGUCCCGGGUGGUGCCGCACACGCCCGCCGACACGUGCACGCCGCGGCUGCGCGAGGGCGACCAGCUGCUACUCAUCAACGGCCGGGACGUGGCCGGACUGUCGCACGAUCAGGUGGUCAAGCUCAUCCGGGCGCCCAAGGACAAUGGAGAGCUCGUGCUCACCGUCAAGGCGCAAGUCCCCGCAGGCGAGCAGAUCGAGGAGCCCGACUUUCAGUACAUUCCGGACUCUGCAGUGGCUGGCCGGGGCAACCGUGCCGGCGGGGGUGCGCUGGCCGAGUCGAUGCUGCUCUUGGCCGAGGGUCUCGAGAGCGGCGCCACCAUCGCCCAAUUUGAGCAACUGUACCGCAAAAAGGCUGACUUUACGAUGAAAUGUGCCAGGCUGCCUGCCAACCUGUCCAAGAAUCGUUACAGAGAUAUCUCCCCAUAUGAUGCCACUCGAGUCAUCCUUCAGGAAGGCACGUCUGGGGACUAUAUAAAUGCUAGUUAUGUAAAUAUGAACAUCCCCACAUCGGGCAUUGUAAAUAGGUACAUAGCCACACAAGGUCCUUUGCCCAACACCACGAUAGACUUUUGGGAGAUGGUAUGGGAGCAGCAGUGCACUCUGGUGGUGAUGCUGACAACACUGGUGGAGCGGGGCCGCAUCAAAUGUCACAAGUACUGGCCAGACCUGUACGAAACAGACACCUAUGGACACCUGCAGGUGUCUUGUGUAAGGCAGAAAGAAACACCAUCCUUUGCUUUUCGUGAAUUCACCCUCAUAAACACACAGAACCGGGAGGAGCGGCACAUCACCCACAUGCAAUACUUAGCGUGGCCAGAUCACGGAGUGCCCGAAGAGGCCUCGGAGUUCCUGGGGUUCGUGCAACGUGUCCGGAGAAGCAGAGAUGGCAUGGUGGAGCCCACCGUGGUGCACUGCAGCGCGGGCAUCGGCCGCACGGGCGUCCUCAUCCUCAUGGAGACUGCCAUGUGCCUCAUCGAAGCCAAUGAGCCUGUCUACCCGCUGGACCUCACGCGUGACAUGCGGGAUCAGCGGGCUAUGCUCAUCCAGACCUCUAGUCAGUACAAGUUUGUUUGUGAGGCUAUCCUCAAGGUGUACAAUGAUGGUGUUGUCAAGCCUUUGCCUGAGUACCAGAGAUGCUUAACAACCACCGUCUGAUGAAAGGACAAACCAACGCAUCUUCUGUCGGCCUGUGCCAGAAUGCAAGGACUCGUUCAUCACUGGACACAAGUGCAGCGCUGGUCCUCGUUUUGCCACGUUCAUCCUCUUUUCGUGCUUUCGUUUCACAAGGCCCACCAUUUCUACCACACGGCAGCACCGCUACAAGUAUGAAGCUUGUGGACUGUGGAAUUUAGAGAACCCCUAAACUUGCACGAGGAAGCUUGGCAAGAACUGGCAACAACAACACGCUGUGUACGCGGCAGCUGUGCAUUGAGAGCAACGCGAAACGUCUCACUGCCGUCGCUGCCGCCACUUGCUGCAUCUAAGUGUGUGCGUACGCUGACGAAUGUCCCUCCUACAUCACGUGAACCAUUUUUACAUUACGUGUGACGGCGCGAGUGUCACCGCUUUUUCCCAGUGAAUCCUCGUCAUGUAUUCUGCACGCCAUCGCGAAGAGACUGUGCAAAUGUUGCUGUCUUGCUGCUGCUGCAGCUGCUGUAUUUUUAUAGUGCCCUUUCUAGGAUGUUUUUUUUUUUUUUUGUACAUAACGGUGUGAACUUUGUCAUUGUAGAUAAAUGUUUGGAAACCUUGUUACCGUCCCUUCAUUCCUUCUGGUUUCUCGGUAUCAGUGUCCACAUUGAUGUGAUAGAAGGAAAGCUAGACCCCCCACCCCCCUCCCACUCUUCGCCAUUUUUAUUUCAACAAAGAGACCACCAGUUUUUGUUUCGUCAUUUUCUUCCUUUUCUCAUCGAAGUGCCACACUGUUGGACUUCUUCCCGGUAUAAACAAGUGGUGUUGGUAGCUGAAAAUUGUAAUUUUUCGACAUACGUAAAGAGGGCAGCAAAAUAUACAGCAGUGUUCAGCGUAAACACUACGGUGGCGCAUGCAGCAUCAUGUGAACACAAGUGAGUCUAUUUACUUGUAUGCUGGUAGUGUGGCAGUGUCAUGUUAUGUCGGUCGAAGAAAACUGCAUGGAAGAGUCCUUGCUGUCAUAGCUGCUACAAAAUAACACCAGAGAUGCAGAACUGCUCAUACUAAGCAUGCAGCGUCCAGCUGCUCUGUGUGUCGGAACGUCUUUCACGAUCCGACACUCUCGUACGGGCUAGCAAUCUCCAUAAAUAUUUAAACUCUCCUUCUACACAUAUACUUAUUAGUGACAAAAAUUAAAACGGUUCAAAGCUAGCAGCCCUUGUGGUAGUACUUCUCUGCUCUGCCGUUGCUCUGAUGGAAUUAUUAGUGAAGAAAUCGUGUGAGUGACGAUGUGGGAAAUUAGAUUGUGAUGAGAACUCGUGAAUGUUGCAACAAGAAGUAUGGAUCGAGACUCCGUGCCAGCUUCAAAAAUCUGCUUCUGCGAGGACAACCCUCUUGCCACGUCAGCUCUUAUUGGUAGGCUGUGCUGGGGAGUAUCCUCAUCACUUUGUUUCCUCUGCCAAUCAGCGUGGUGCUUACAGAGCGCACACUUUCACUGAUGAUCCAAGGAUUAUCAAUGGAAAUGGCUUUAGAUCUCCUGCCCUACCAAAAGCAGGCUGGAUAUCACUGUAUCGUACCUGCAAUGUCUGCUCCUCUUAGUGCCAUAAAGGCUGUUCCAUUUCUCCGCUCCCCAUUUUCCUUCCCUGUAUUCUUCUUUGCCGAGCAGACCUUCUGCCGCAUUUCUCCACCAUCUCAGUGUUGACUGCAGUAGUCGUCCGUUGAAAAAAGGUCAGCUAUCAAACUUGUGAACUCACAGUGGUGGGAUCUGUUCAGCACCCAUUGGCUGUCGUAAUAAGUUCUCUGAUUGAAUUCACUAGUAUUUCACAUCCAGUGGCACAUUAGUAGCUGCUUCAGUGCAGCUAAUUAAUCCACUGCCAAGGGUUAGUGUAGUUACACGUUGCAUUCAGCGCUUAGCUGGCGCAGGACCAUCCGACACAACUGUAUUGGCAGAAUUGAAUUGAUGAAAACGUAAGCCUGUACUGCGUUACGUAGCUUAACAUGCGUACCCUGUGCGACAGAAAGAUGGUCUAAAUCAGCACAAACAAGUACAAAUAUGCGUUUUGUUAUGUUUGGCUGCAUUUCUGCUUACAGACGGCACAUUUCGUGGUGGGGAGGAAGUGCAACUACAUAAUUGACAAGCCCAAGAUGCGACGCUUAACCACUUCUGUCGAAGAGAUACGUCGCAUCACUCCUAGUCUUCAGGUUUGCUCUGUUGAUUAGCGCAGUAAGUGGGAAGAAAUAUUAACAGAAGAGUACGAUCGUUUUCCAAAUGCACAUGCACCUUUUUAGUUUUUUUGAGAACUUGAAUAUGUUUGACAUUUUGACCGCACAAAAAAGACGAGGACAGAGGGAGGUACGACGACACGGGCGGUAACAGUAAGCACCAACUAGGCCAAACGCAAGUUCUCCUAAUUGACUAUGUUUGUUUCCUUCAAAAAAGAAUGCUUUCUGGCCAAUGGUCUUCUACAGGCUACACCGGUAGCAGUACAGGCAGCUGGUGUUUCAUAAAUUGACGCCUGCCACUCGUAAGCGAGUGCUUGCACAUUGUGCAUAGCUGUUCUUGGCUUCUAAGAAGCUUGUGCUGUAGAAAGAUCAAUCUAUCCUUAAAUUUAGAGUCAGGCCCACAGGAGUUUUCGUGGUUGGUGAGCGAGGAACUGCAGCAUGUGUGAAGCCUGUGGCUGUGGGUGUGAUGCGGUUUCAAUCGCAUCGCAUGCUGAUGUGGGCCUGUCAAGGAAGCCACUGAAAUAUGAAUCACUGAAUAGUGAUUCAUAUUUGCUGCAUAGAAAGAUUACUAAAUUUUGUGAUUACACUCGGCUUGCAUUUUGUGGAGUUCCUAGAGAGCACAGAUUCUUGUUAAUAUUAACUGGAGUCUGUUGGGCCAUCAUAUAUACAUAGCUGUCAGUGCACAGAGUGGCAUAAAUCUAAAUGGUAGCCGUAUUUUCCCCAUCUGGUCUCAGUCAACUAAUCUCUACUAUAGGCCAACAUCUAAGUUUCUGUGAAUUGGCUGCAUUUUCAGUGCUCUGCAAUGUAUUGGUGCUUGUACCAUUGGCCAAAAAUGAAAAUGCGCUCAAUAGAGGCAGGCAAUUGUAUGUUUGUAUUGUCAGAUGAAAUUAGAUGUAGGAUGCCUUGGUUUGUGUGGCAUUGUACAAAUUACUGUGGCCCCAUGAGGCUCAACCACGCAUGUGCCGAUACCGGUAUGUGGGGAAGCACCUCACAUGUGAUAUGUCAAAGGGUUUGUUUUUUGUUUGUUUUUUUAAUAGUGCCUAUUGGCAUAAGGAGUUUUAUAUAUGAACUAAGGGUGGCUUUGCCCUUGGAACCAAGAGGUAGUCUGCUGGUGCGAUUGGAUGAAGGUAUACUGAUAAAUUGUACAUGUAUUGGCAGUUUCCACGGAACACCAAUAUUCCACACCUCUUAUGCGACGAUAUGGAUGUUAUUGGCACAAAGAAAUGUGAAUAUUAACACACAUCAAACUUUAAAACUUGUAAGUCCUGUUCAAGAUUUUUCUUGGGCUUCUUAUAUGAAAGAGCACCUGCGUUAGCUUCGUCAUUUGCUAUCGUAUAUUUUAGUGUGCAUGGCAUUUGCCAGUUUUCAUUAGUAUCAUUACACUACAGUACUGGAUUUAAGACAUAGAAGGUUCUUUAAUGCAUUAAGAAAUCUAGUGCUGUUGACACAAAGCCCGUCUGAUCCAGCCAGCCUCCCCCCCCCCCCCCCACGACACCCCUCUAUUUUUUUCGUGCACUUGCCGUCAAUGAAUUGAGACAAGAUGGAUUCAAUUUGCAUAUUUUUAUCAUUCCCGGUGAAAACUUGAGUUUUUAAUAUAAAUAAGUUAUUAUUAUGCUUCUCUGUGCUUGCGCAGUAAAGGCCACGAAUGUGCACUAUUCACUGUUUGGGUUAAUGCCACAUUUCGUCCUAUAUUUCCAAGUCCAUCCAUUUGUUUUUUCUCGCAUCACGUACACAUGGCUGUCCACACUCCUUUGCUUCUCUGUUGUCUGUAAAAUGUUGCAGGAAUGACAGUGUUGGAAGACCGACUUUGUAAUACUGUGUUCCACUAGGCAUACGGGGACAAGAAGUCUAGGCAGUCUAUUUUGGACCAGUGUUCUCAGUGUCGUCUCGAUGUGACUUUCCCUGAACGACCCCUGUCCUAGCUUUCAAUGUAGCAGACUGUAGCGUCGAAGUUCUCAAACAGGGCCGUUGGCUUGGCCAUGAAUUUUUACAAAAAGAAAAUAUAGUAGAUAGAGCAACCAGUGUAAUGAGCUGUGCUUUUAUGAAGCUAAUGUAGCAAGUACUACUGCCGGUUCUCAUUGACUGCAUCUAGCCAAAAGAAAGGAGAGUGCCCGCAUUGGAAAUUCAAAUAAGGAAACAUAAGACCUUUUAAUAAUGGUGCACUGGUUUCUGUAGCCACAUAUCUGUACCACUGCCAUCAACGUGUUUUGUACUUGGUGUAUGAGCAGCCACAGUCGGAGGCAAAGAAAAAAAAAAGCCCUUUUUUGGGGGAUGUUGAUACAGAGCCAACAAAACGUUUGCCAACUUGUCUACAAGGCGUGUGUGAACCAUUGUUGUUUAGUGUAUGUGUACAUUGCGUAUUUUCCUGUCCAAACUAGUGCAUCCUGUAUAUAUUUGCUUUGUAUGACUGUGUAUGUGUGUGCAUAUGACUACUUCUUACAGCAGAGCGUGAUGUACGACUUCAUCUUUGUGUCUUCUCUUUAGCGACCUAAAAGCCUGCUUUUAAAAUUGUGGCCAUCUUGAACAGACGUCCACUCCUCGAGGAUAUUAAAAUGCCACAGCGUUCUAAGUGAUGCAAAGAGGAGAAAGAAAUUAAAGACGUUACACAAAA